AUGAGUAAAGAUACUGAAGCUCAAAUACUUAAAUGCAUUGAAAACGAUGACUAUAGAGGAUUGAUGCAGCUGAAGGUUAAAUCGGGCCUCACAGUCACUUACAGAGUUACCGAUAAAAAUGAAACUUCUUCUCUUCAGUUUGCAUGUGCUGUUCACAACGCCUUCGAGUGCUUUGUUUAUCUUACACAAAAGCUCUAUGAUUUUGAUGCUAAAGACUCAAAGGGACUUAGGCCAAUUCAUUCUGCAGCUGAAUACGGCGCAACAGAAGUUUUCUCUUACAUCUUAAAUAUUUACAAGCGUAAGGGCAUGCUCAAUUCAUUUUUCGAACAAGAAAAGCAUAAGGGAGAAUAUACAUCAAAAGUUCUUUACAAAGCAGCUUCCCGCGGCAUUCUUGACAUUUACAAGGUUUACUCUGAUUACGGUUUUGACUUUGCCUACUUAGCCCAAGAAAAUAAGUCAUUAUUGCACGAAAUUUGUAAGAAACUUAGUUCCAACCCUCAGAACGAUCCAGAUACCAUCAUUUUCUUCCUUAAACAAAUCGAGAGCUUCGAAAAUCUCGCGUCUAAUGAAAAGACAGCUUUAAUGACCGCAGUUAUCCAUGCUCUUGAUGAAAAGGUUGUUUCCAUUCUUGUCAAGCACAUUAAUGUCAAUGCUGUUGACAGUGAUAAUAGAACUGCCUUUGAAUACGCUUGUUUCCACAAUAAUCUUGCUGCUGCCAAAAUCCUCAUCCAGAAAGACAUUUCAGCCAGUUUCGAUACGAAAGGUUUCAUGAGCAUCUGCAAACUUCGCGAUCCAUACGUCGGAAAGAUCGCUUUCGAAAGAUAUGGCGAAAAAAUGAAAGGACAAUUCUACACAGAAGUAGACGGUUCAUAUCCAAUUAAAGAAGCUCUCAACGAAGAUAAAACAGACAAGCUUAUCGAAUUCCUCAAAAUCCUUUUGGAAAAUGACUACGACCCAGAUGCAAGAUCACACCCAACAUGUCCAACAAUGUUCGAAGCAAUCCUCGCUUCUCCUUUCCCAAGACCUGAACUCAUCGAAUUCCUCCUCAAAAAUAACGUUAGGCUCGACACUCCAUUCCAUGGUAAACCUGGCGGCUGUCCAAAGGACUACCUCAGGAAAUCUUACAAUCCUUCCAUUGUCGCAAUAAGGAAUAAGCAUCAGAUUAAGUAA